AUGGAUCGUAUGAGGUGGAGGAAAUUCCUUCCUUACAGUUUUCACGCGAAGAAAUGUAUCAGUAAGGUGGCCAAUUCUGUUGUGUGUGUAGCAUGCAUGCAAUGCUCAACAAAUGUCGAAUAUUUAACGACUGUAGAGGACCCUCCCCUUCCUCAGCUAUAUAAUCUAUCAAUUUCAACCUUGGGGCUUCCAAAAGUGGAACAGGUGUUAGAAGUGCGUUCAAUUGAUUCAAUAUUGAUGAAUCUAGAAAAAAGAGUUGAGGGUUGGAACGAACGUAUAAUAAGAAUUCUUGUAAUGCCGUGGGACUUCUUGAUUGGUGCUGAGCUAACUAUAGUGCAAAGUCGUAUCAUUUUGGUCAAUAAGAUCCAAAAGGUUUAUCCAGCCCGAGGCUCUGCAGUGAGGGGUUAUGUAGAAGCAGUUAGGAAGUUGGCAUGUGAAAUAUUGGAGCUGAUGGAAGUAGGGUUAGGGUCACCUGGCCCCUCUGUACUCAGUAGGCUAAUCAGAGACGUUGAAUGUGACUCGCUCCUCAGAUUCAAUCAUUAUCCAAAGGUUGAUGAUGGUGCCGCGUCACCCACCUCUAUUGGGUUUGGAGAACAUACCGACCCUCAGAUCUUGACCCUCUUGAGAUCCAACGGUGUAGGUGGCCUCCAAAUCUCACUGGAUGAUGGGGUGUGGGUCCCAGUCAACCCCCACCCAGUUUCAGCCUUCUUUAUUAAUGUUGGUGACGUGUUGCAGGUUAUGACAAAUGGAAGGUUUUUGAGUGUAAGACACAGGGUUAUGGUGAACUCAUACAAGUCUAGAAUGUCAAUGGCAUAUUUUACAGCUCCACCCCUUGAUGCCACAAUAAGUUGCCUACCAGUACUAUUAACACCACAGAAACCUCCUCUUUACAGAAGCUUCACCUGGGCUGAGUACAAGAAGGCUGCAUAUUCGCUACGACUAGGAGAUAGCCGUCUUAAUCACUUCAAGGCUCGAGUAAAUGAUGAUGAAAAUAGUACCUAAUUCCCUAAGUGAUUUUUCAUGGAAUUGAUUAAAAGAUAAGUUUUUUAUGAUGGUUUUCUGUAGUUGGCUAACCAGUAGUUGUUAGAGUUGGGAAUGUAGGUUAGGUUUGGAAUGAUAUGAAAAAGGAUUUUAGGGUUUCUGACUUCGCUUGUGUACUCCUAUUGUAAGAUUGUCAAUUAUAUGUGAAUUAUUAAGCUAAAAGCUCAACUAUGUUA